AUGGUACAGCAGCGUCCAGUAAAAAUGGAGAGAACAGAUGAAACUCUUAACGAGAACAAUCUUCUAAACAGUAGGAUCAGCGAACAUCCUUGCUCUAGCCAUAUCAGUAGCAAUAUUAAUAAAGUUGGCAUGAGGGUAAACAGUAAAGAGAGGGGCAAAAAGAGGGGAAAGGAAAAUGAAAAGGAAAAUGGCAAAGAAACUUCGUUUAAAAGUAACACAAAUGAGGAAUUAUCGGAAAAGAGGAAAGAAGGUUAUUUUAUUUCAGAACGAGAAUCAAAUAUAAAUGAUGAACAUGGGGAGGUGACAAAUGCAAGCAGUUUUUUUUCUCAUGCACAGAGUGCAAAUAUUUUAUUAAACCAAAAUGAUUCGAAAAAAAUUACAGUGUUGAACUCAUCAAUAGGGAGAGAUAAAAUUAAUGCAUUAUUGCUAAGUGAAAUGAAGAAAAAUUGGAAAAAUUCGUCAUCCUGUUGUGAUAAAAAUGUGCAAAAUUAUGAGCAGAACAGGCAAAAUGUGCAAAAUUAUGAGCAGGACAGGCAAAAUGUGCAAAAUUAUGAGCAGGACAGGCAAAAUGUGCAAAAUUAUGAGCAGGACAGGCAAAAUGUGCAAAAUUAUGAGCAGGACAGGCAAAAUGUGCAAAAUUAUGAGCAGGACAGGCAAAAUGUGCAAAAUUCUGAAGAAGACAGUGCAAAUUUGCAACCUUCUCAUCAUGAAAAGACGAAAAAGGUUCAAAGAAAGGAGGUCCAGAAAGAAGGAAAAGUUCCUUCUUUCUAUGAAAGCCGAAAUGGCGAUAUUAGCGAAGAAGAACGAAACGAGAAGAUUGAUGAUAAUAUUAUGGAGUAUAUAAAAAAUAAAACUUUAAAUGAACGUGAAAAAAACUUCGUUUACAGGAAAGUUGACGAGAUAUUAAACCUGGAGAGUACAAAUGAGGAUGAUUGGAUAAUGAACGAAACUUUUGAAAAUCAAAAUAUAAAUAUAGGUAAAAAUAUAAAUAUAGAUAAAAAUAUAAAUGUAAGUAAAAAUAUAAAUGUAAGUAAAAAUAUAAAUGUAAGUAAAAAUAUACAUAUAAAUAAAAAUAUAAAUAUAGGUAAAAAUAUAAAUAUAGGUAAAAAUAUAAAUAAAAGUAGUUAUGCGAUGACGGACCACGGUGCAGCGCAUCAGAGUGAGAAGGUGCAGGGGAAGCGUGAGCAGGGAGUGUGUGAAGAUAGUUCUCUUGACGGAGCAUCUCGGUUGACGUACACUCUAGAUGAAAGCAUCUUCAAUUUGGACGAAGGGAAGCUUCAUGCUGUUCUUCGAAAAAACAAGUAUGAACUAACCAAAGUAAACAUGCGUAUGAGUAGCAUAAUAUACAAGUACCUUUAUAUGCACAAAAAAAAAAAGAGCAUGCUGAUGAUGAUGAAGAAGAGGAAGUGGAAGAGGAAGAAGGGUAGUAGUCCGUGUAAUGCAUUACAAGAAGGAAGAAAUUAUUUAGAGGAUGGUGAAGCAUUACAUGAAAAGGACUUAAAACAUGCGAAGGGGCCAGCUGAGGAUGGUAUUGUGUUGGAUGUGCAGAAAUGCUCUUAUGGAUAUGAUAAGGGGGAGAAGUGGUACGAUAAAGUGGAACAGCAGCAUGAUGAUGGAGGGAACACUUAUGAUAAAGCACUGGAACAGCAGUAUGCUUAUGGACAAUUCAGUUACAGUUACGAUAGGGCGUCAAACAGUACCCUGUCGAAAGAUAUAAAUUUUUUGUAUAUAGAAUAUUUUAUACAUAAAAAAAAAAUAGUUAAACUGAGAAAUAUUUAUAAAUAUAUAUAUGAUAAGAAGCAUUUGUUUUACUUGAAAAAGUUUGGUUAUAAGAAUGUGUAUCUCCUGAGUGCGGAGUGCACCCUACCCGAGGUGAGUUAUACCGAUGGUGGUGCUGAUAGGGGUACUACGAACGAGAAUGGUAGAAGUGGUACUAUCCACGUUCAGCGCUACUCCUACAACAGCAACUUCCUCUGCCUGCAGAACAUGGAGGACGAAAUAGCGAUAUAUAGUAUGAAGCGGUUAAACAUAAAUUCGUUAAUAUUUUUUAAAAAUAGAGAAAACAACAAAAUAAAUGAAGAUCAGAUAAAGACAUAUUUGGACGAGUUAGUAAUAACUGAAAAGAAUGAGGAGCAUAGUUGUGUAAAACUUAAUUUUAAUUAUAAGUCUACUGCAUGUUGUAUUCUUAAAAAUGAGAAAAUAAAAAAUAUACAAAAUGUUGAUAUAAAUAAUAUGAACAAAUUAUGUAUAUGUACAGGAUCAUCAAUAUAUAUAUAUGAAAUAUUUUUAAAAGAGUUAGAUGUAAGGUAUAAGUACUUAUAUAGCUAUCAUGAGAAGAGCGAUCUGUUAGGAAAAGAAAAUAAAAUAUGGUAUUCUUAUCUGUCAAAUGAAAAGAAAUUAAUAUAUUUUACAUUUUACAAUAUUAUAUACCUAAACAGUAAUAGCCAUAUUUUUAACAGCCAUAUUUUUACCAUUACGAAAGAUAUAAAAUGUAAGUAUAAAAUUUUGAAUAUAUCUAUUUAUAAAAAUUUGUUAGUAGUAUCUUAUUAUAAUAAGAUUUCUAUACUGUAUAAUGACAAGGUAUACUUUGUUGUUGAAUUUGACGAUGAGGGGGAUGUAAUAAGUUAUGAGGGAAAGGGAAAAGAAGUAAUAGUACCUGAACAGCAAGGAGAAUGGAAAAGGCAUAAAAAUAAAAUGAUAAAUAAACAAAAGAAUGAAAUGUCCGUAGAGGAAGAAAAUUGUUAUUUUGGAGGGGAGGUCGAUAACUCAUGUGACAGAUUAAAUGAACAACAGGUUCAUUAUAUACCUUUUCUAUGUGUACUGGAAGGGAAUAAUCUCUUCUGUGUAGGGUAUGGCAAGAAGCUAACUAUUAUUGAAUACACUUCUAAAAUUUUGAUUAAGAAAAAGUUUACCUUGAGUUAUUCUUUGUAUUAUUUAAAAAGUUGUCAUAAUAAUAUUCUUAUCCUUUAUGAUAAAUAUAAAUUAUAUAUAUGUCAAAUCAUGUACAUAAAGAAAGAACAUCGUUUGUUUUUCCUAUUCGAAAAGACAAUAACAGAUAUAAACAGUUCUUUAAUUUUUGAAAAUUCCACUAUCUUUGAAUCCUUUAGUGAAGCAAUUAAGGUAAAUAUGAGGAGCAUUAAAAUUAACAGGAGCGAUCAUAUAGCUAGGUACAUCUUCCAAUUUUUUAACAAGAGCGAUAAAGACGUGGUUAACGUGCGCGGUGGGGGUAGAGGUAGCGGUAGCAGUAGUGGUGUUCCCAGUGGAAACGGCGAGCAUGAUAAUAGCGGCUUGAAUUGUAAAGGGGAUACUAUCCAUUUCUACAUAAACUUAGUGUAUAUAUACAUUCUGAACAAAGGAAAGGUCGACAUAGUUGUUAUAAAUUCGUGGAUAUACCUGAUAUAUCUUUUUUUCUAUUACAAGAGAUAUAACAUACUCCUUAUUCUGAUGCUGUAUAUUUACAACGGAAACAUGUGCGUGCUGACAGACUUCUCUUUGGACGAGGAUGAAAGGAAGAACAAGAUAAAAUCUCUUUUUUUUUUUUUUUUUGAAAUGAAAAUAAAAGAUAUAAUAGAAAAUUAUAAUAAGUGCGAAAAUAAUGACAUAAGUAAUAUAUUUGAUGUAAGGGAUGAAAAUAAAAUUAGCACAAAGGAAGAUAUGAGUGUACAAAAUAGCACGAACGACCUUCAAACUCCACAUGUGAUUAUGUCUAAUAGUGUACCUUAUGGUAAGGAAAAACUGCAUCCAUCGUCUAUAUCGAUUGAAUCGUCAUCAUCUAUCAAGGAUAAUGCGUCGUUAUCAGAAUAUGCAUCUUCCUUUUUGUACAUUCCUUCAACUGUGUCCUCUGAUCAGAGUGAGUUUCUGGGUAUAAGCAAAUGUUCUUCUGCAGCUGCUUCGGUUGGGGGUAGUACCGACGAUAAUGAGGCAGACUCGAAUAUAUCUGGUAUAGAAGCGGUUGGUAUAGGAGCGGUUGGUAUAGAAGCGGUUGGUAUAGAAGCGGUUGGUAUAGAAGCGGUUGGUAUAGGAGCGGUUGGUAUAGAAGCGGUUGAUAUAGGAGCGGUUGAUAUAAAAGCGGUUGAUAUAGAAGAGGAUGGUAAAGACACGCGUGGUGUAGACGGGAAAGGCAAAUGGAGGAAGAAGCAAAGGAGGGGUAAGUGGAGGAACGAAGGGCCGAGAUAUCCCGCGCUAAGCUCUAGAAGCAUAAGGAGCCUGCUCGAAGGGGAAAAUAUUUACAUUAACGAUAAAGUAGUGAGAAAGGAGUGCGUGGAGGAAUUGCUAAAAUUAUGUACACUAGGACUUGAGCUAAGCAUUAAGUUUAACAUAAAUCUGUAUGAAUACAUUUUUAAAUUGUUCAAGCUGUACAAUAUAGAAAAUAUAUAUUUUUAUUUAAGUGAGUAUUAUAUCAUUAAUAAAAAAAUUUGUCUUACACAUUACUCAUUGAUACAUAACCUGGUUGAGUAUUUCAAAAGAUUCUACACUAUGUUUUCUCUUUAUGAUGACACAUAUUAUGAUUUGUUCCUUUUUUUUUGUAAUUUCAUAAAUAAAAAGAAGGAAAAACAAAAACGAAACGAUCAUUAUACAUAUGCUUUGAAUUCAUAUAAAGAGAUGGAUUUAAAUAAAUUAAUUUUUUCCCAUCAGAUGAUACUGGUUAGUAAAAACUAUAGAGAAAGGAAAAGAUAUUUUACAUCUAGCUAUAAUUUCGAUAUAUAUUUUUGUUAUAACUAUUUGAAUAUUUAUAAAGGCAUGAGAAGGAUAAGAAAGAUUUACUCUUUUUUAUGUAUUAUUAGCAAAUUUUGUAAAUUAUUUGAAAACAUCGUUUUAGAAAAGAAAAUUGAACAUAUCAUUUCUUUAUUGCCGAUUCAUAUAUGUUCUUUGUUAUAUAACAAACACAAUGAAGAUAAAAUUACAACAGCUGAGUUUUUUAUUUCAUAUAUAAUAAGGAAGAAAAAUAUUUUUUUCUUUAAUUUUUGUAAAUAUAAUAAUUUAAAAAAUGAUUCAUUUCCAAUAUACAUACCCCCAUAUAUUCUUAAAAAUUUUUAUCAAGUGCAUUUCUUUUUUGAUUAUUUAUUCUCAGUUCUAUUUAAGAGUCCGUUUUCUAUACAUAUGAAUAGGUAUGAUAUAACAAAGGAACAAAUAAUAAAUCUAAAGUAUAAUUACGAUAAUGUGCAUACGGUAUGUUAUGCACUGAACGAUUUGUCCAAUUAUGAUAAGGUUUUUUAUAUAUACCCUCAUUUCUCUUUUGUAAAAAAAAAGGAUUGCACGUUGAACAAGAGUAUCAUAUCACUUAUAAGUUAUCUGUGUAAUAGACAUUAUAGGAAAUGCUUGAGUUCUUUAGAGGGUGGAAGAACGUUCUUAAGCAUUUUUCUACAGAAUGGAAUUGGGGAAGCGGCUGAUACUAGAGUGGCCUCUAAAGGGGGAAAAGAAAAACAAUCCAGUGGUGGAGAGGCAUAUGGUAAAAAUGGGACAGAGGGGUAUAAAAAAGAGUAUCGUGGGGAGUUUUGUGUUGAACGGGAGAAGUAUUGCCUAGAACAGGAGCAGCCUUCCCGUCAGUGUAAUGAUUCCCAAGACGAACAAAUCAAUUUGAACGAUUUUGCAAAUUUGGACAAGAACGGACUAUUUUUACUCCUUCAGAUCUCUCUAUAUGAUACCUUUUACUUAAUAAACAAUGUAUUUCUUCACUAUAACAUGGAACACAAUAUAGAUAUUGUAAAUGUAUUGGUAGAGAACAUGUGCGAAUUUUACCUACAUCUAGUUGUAAUAUUAGUGAAGUACAUGAAAUAUUUAAAAUGUAUUUUAAAAAAAAAUUUAGAAAAAGAAAUAUAUGCAAAGAUAUACAAAGAUAUAGUAUACGGUGUUGUUACUUAUUUGGACUAUAGAAGCAUAAGCGAACUAGCACAUGACGUCUCUGUUUUUGUCAACUCGGAAAUGGGCACUAUUGAGAGUAGCGAUAAUAACAAUAAUAUUAGUAUUAAUGUUAUUAGUAGUAAUGCUAUUGGUAGUAAUGUUAUUAGUAGUAAUGCUAUUGGUAGUAAUGCUAUUGGUAGUAAUGCUAUUGGUAGUAAUGCUAUUGGUAGUAAUGCUAUUGGUAGUAAUGGUAUUAGCAGUAGUGCUAUUAGUAGUAAUAUUAAUAUUAAUAGUAACAAGCAUAGUAAUAUUGGGGAAACAGUAAAAUGGAUUAUACUGCAGCUCUUUUUUAUUUAUAAACACAUUACGAAGGUUGUUAGUUACACAACACAUAUGUUAAUACUAUUUUUUAUCUUUUCGAAUAAUGCCCUUUUUAGUUAUUCCCUAAAUAUAUUUUUUGUAAACUUUUUUUUUCGCCCGAAUAUUAUUAAGGGGAAGGAAAAGAGGCACUUUGAAAAAUACAAGAAGGUUUUGACUUGCAAUGAUUUACCAUCUAGCCUCCGCGAUUGGAGCACUAUAAACGCGGCUAACGCGGCUAACACGGCUAACACGGCAAACACGGCUAACCCGGCAAACUCCGUGCACAUUACUAACACCACCAACUACACUAACUAUGAGGAGGCCUUUUUUCAAUCAUUUGGACUAAAAAGGAAGAAUGUUAUUUUAAAAAGGAGCAUCAUUAACUCAAAUGCGGUAAGGGGUGGUGGUACAAACAUGCUUCAGUCAAACAUAAUAAAUUACAUAGUUAAGAAAGUGUAUCUCCUGGACGUAGAUGAACUGUUGAGUGAGACUGACAGUGGGAAAGAAGAAGUGGGUGGAAAUAUAUUCGAGGGGGAGAAAUUAAGACAAUCUAGGGAAGAAAAAGAAAAGGGAAAAGAAAAAGUUCGCAGUAGAAGCAUAUCUAGUUGUGAAAGCAUCAUCAAAAAAGAAGGACAUACACAAGGUGGUAACAACAACUGCAUAUUUAAGAGCAACAAGCGGAGUAUGCGACGCGCAUGUGUAGUUAGCAGCACUGGAGGGAAUCAUGUGCUCAAGCGGAGGAGAAAGAGAAAAGGAAGCAGGAAUGAUUUCAGGGGAGGUAACACUAGCAGUAGCGGUAUUAGCAGCGGUAUUAGCAGCGGUAAUAGUAGCAGUAUUAGCAGCGGUAUUAGCAGCGGUAAUAGUAGCAGUAUUAGCAGCGGUAUUAGCAGCGGUAAUAGUAGCAGUAUUAGCAGCGGUAUUAGCAGCGGUAAUAGCAGUGGUAAUAGCAGUGGUAAUAGCAGUGAUAAUAACAGAGGUAAGAGGGGCCAUAACCGUGUUGGUAAGGGUGGAAGCACGACGAAGCGGGACAGAGGAAAUAUAUUUACAAUUAAAUACUUGCAGAAGAAUUUGAGGUACAUUUUACUAUUAUAUGUUAAAAAGUUAUUGCUCAUUCAUGACAAGGGUGAAUAUAUGAAGGGAGAUAAAAAAAAAAAAAAAAUGCGCAGUCAGGAUAUACAUAAUUUAUUAAAAUACAUUUUAUAUUUUAGCUGUAAAAAAAAAAAAUAUAUGAACAUUUAUUUACUUAUACUGGAUCAUUUCUGCUAUUAUAAUAUAAUAAUUGAAUAUUAUAAAAAGAACGAUAGGAAUAGGAAAAAUUUAUAUGAAUAUGUUUAUUAUAAAAUAUACUUUUUUUUUAAGGAAAAACGGGUAAAAAGAAGAAUUUAUGGAUAUCUUUUUUACACAAAUCUGUUGCAACAUAUACACAUUUUUAACGAUUUAUUUGUUCAGUACAUUUUAAAUAAUUAUUUUCAUUUCCACGAAAAGACUACAGCAUUCUUUGUACGAAAAUUACGUAAGUUGAGGGAAGCAGUUAGACAUCGAAAUGAAGUAGAGGAUAAAGAGUUACUUGAAGAAAAGAAGCACCUUCGUUGUAAAAACCUGGAAUAUUGUUGGAGGGGGGAAAAAGGAGGUGGUUCUUUUUUAAGUGAAAGUAAUAUGUCCUCUAAUAUUAAGUGGGAAGAAUACAAAAAAAUGAAAAAUAAAAUACUUAUAACUGGUAAGUUUUUCAUUAAAAAUUUAAUUCAUUGCAAUAAUUUCCCUGAGGUAAUAAAAAAGAGGAUAUAUUUUUUGUUAUUAUAUAAAGUGCACAUGCCAAGAAUUAUAAAAAAUUAUGUUUUUAAAAAAUUAUUUAAAAACUACAUUGAAUUGUUAUGUAUCUAUGAUAAGGUGAAAGUAUACAAAUGUGUAAAACAAAUAAACACGGUGAAUUAUCAGAGCAUAUAUGAAAAGUAUAAUAAUAUAAAUGUUAUAUUAUAUAUUAACGAAAAACGUGGUAAUUUUAUAAAAAUAAUAGAAUUAUGCUUAAAAGAAAUAAAAAAUAAUAUUUGUAAAAUUGGUACUACAUUUAAUAAGAAAAAUAAAUGGCUUUUCACAAAAAAUAUCUCGUAUGAUGAUAUAUAUUAUAUUAAUUUUUCCACCAGAAUUGAUGUAUAUAAUUUUUAUGCUAUGCCAUUUAAAAAGGAGGUUAAAAAAUUAUUUAUGUGUAAAAAAGAAAAAUCAUCUUUAAAAAAUCAUACACAGAAGAGGGACGCUUUUUUGAUUCCGCUUCUCAAGGAAAUAAACUGCAGCCCUGAUCAUAAAUUUUUUAACGAUUACUUUGUGGAAAAGCGAGGAUAUGCAAUUAGUAUGGAUGAAAGGAAGUAUUUACAGAGGAAUACUUGUGUAACUCUGUGUGAGAAUUCGGAGAGGCACAAAGAGCAUAUGGUGUACGUACCAUCUGAUCAACAGUGUAAUAAUAGAACAGUGCUAAUAAAAGGCAAACUGUCUUCGCGCGCUUGCUACAGCCCCAUAGUUGAAGAGAACAGUGAUGAAGCAAUGCAGAAUGAAGAAGCAGUCAACCAUUUUUUGAACAAAAAAAAUAGCGACAAAAAUAGCGGCAAAAAUAGCGACAAAAAUAGCGGCAAAAAUAGCGGCAAAAAGAGUGGCAAAAAUAGCGGCAAAAAUAGCGGCAAAAAGAGUGGCAAAAAUAGCGGCAAAAAGAGCGGCAAAAAGAGUGGCAAAAAGCGCGACAAACGUAUCAACAAUUGUAGCAUGAACGAUUUAGUUAACUCCCUUUGGAUUUACUGCACGGAGGAAUAUAGUUCAAUCUUUUUACACAUAUACAUGCUUCGUUUUAUUUUAAAACGGAACAAGUUGAAAAAUGACAAGAUUAAUGAAUAUAUAAUUUUUUUUAUCAUUAAUGAAUGUUUGAAAAAUUUUAUAGAAAUUUCUGAACAGAUCAGCAAAAAAGAAGAAAGCAGUAGUUAUAAAAUGGCAUUUUUCAGUUACUUAUUUGAGCAAAUUUUACUUUUUGUAAUCAACAUAAAUUCAUAUAAUCAUACGCAAAGAAUAUGUAAAAAAUUGUUAUUUAAAUAUAAAAGGUAUCAUAUAAAAUUAAUUAAAUUGCCUUUAAUUGAAAUUUUAAAAAAUAUGACUGAUUCAUAUACAUUUUUUAAUGAUAGUUGUCAAAUAGCGCAGAACAAAAUAAAAGACCAAAUGAAGACUUAUACUUAUGAAAAGAAAAAAGGAUUAGUAAUCAAUUAUAAGGUGAGUCAUACGCAUCGAUUUAACGUUGAAUUAUGCACAAUGAAAAGUGAAAAAGCGGGAGGACAAAAGGAUGAACAGACUGCGUUUUACUCGAAUAAUAUUAUCUGCAUUACCAAGUGUGAACAUGAUCACCACUUUGCCUGUACGCAGCAAUGUUAUUUGUGUAAUAAAUUUGAAAAAAAAAAUAAAUAA